CCUAUUAAAAAGUUAUUAAACAAAACAAGUAAAUAUGGGGUCGAAUAAGAAGUCUUUGGGUGUUAUUGGCAUGGCUUCCAUCCUCUUCCUGAUGGCUUUCGUGGUGGGUGCCACGGCCACCGAGUCGGGGUCGUGUGCCCCAAGUGAUACCAAGGGGACCUGUGAAGUGCAGAGCAUCGAGCACCAGCCCCAAGAGGUUAUGAAGGAGGGUUUUGUUGCCGUGCAGGGCAUCGAGCACCGGCCCAAAGAGGUUACGAAGGAGGGGUUUGUUGCCGUGCAGGGCAUCGAGCACCGGCCCAAAGAGGUUACGAAGGAGGGGUUUGUUGCCGUGCAGGGCAUCGAGCACCGGCCCAAAGAGGUUACGAAGGAGGGGUUUGUUGCCGUCCAGGGCAUCGAGCACCGGCCCAAAGAGGUUACGAAGGAGGGGUUUGUUGCCGUGCAGGGCAUCGAGCACCGGCCCAAAGAGGUUACGAAGGAGGGGUUUGUUGCCGUGCAGGGCAUCGAGCACCGGCCCAAAGAGGUUAUGAAGGAGGGGUUUUCCUUGGACAGCAUAGCUGACGCGAUUGGGAAAUCGGAGCAUCUGCAGGAGUCCGUGAAAGCCCUUUGCGCCUCAACCGAUUUCAAGGAGCUGUGCGAGAAGAGCCUGGCCAGAGCUAACCACUCUCACGACCCAAAGAAGCUUUUGAACGCGGCGUUCUCGGUGGCGUGGGAGAACCUCUCCGAAUCCAUGUCCAAGUCCGCCCUUCUGAAGAGGGCGGACAAGGACCCUAGGACCCACGAGGCACUGGACAUAUGCAAGGAGGUGCUAAACCACUCCAUUGAAGAUCUCAAGAGGUCUUCUCACAAGGUUGAGGAAUCUACUACCAUCAACGUCGAACACGGGAACGACCUCAAGGUUUGGCUCAGCGCCGCCAUCACUUUCGAAGAGACCUGCCUCGAUGCCUUCCAGAACACCACCGGCGACACCGGCGAGAAAAUGAGGCACCUCCUUAAAACCGCCAUGGAGCUCACUAGCAACGGCCUGGCUAUGCUCACAAAGCUCACCGAGCUCCUCAAGACCUUGGAAAUCCCUGGCUUUAGUCGUAGGUUGUUGGAAGAUGCUGCAGCAGUAGACUCCACUGGUGAAUUCCCUAAAUUCGUAGACGCUCCCACUCGCCGCCUCCUCACUGCUCCCCCGAGCUCCAUUAAACCCGACAUGGUGGUCUCCAAGGACGGAAGCGGGAAAUUUAAUAGCAUCAACGCCGCUCUGGCCACCAUCCCGCCCAAAAGCAACCGCACUGUUAUCAUCCUCAUUAAGGCCGGCGUGUACAGCGAAUACGUGGUUGUUCCUAGGAAGGUUAACAACGUUGUUUUCAUGGGGGAGGGCCCGAGCAAGACCGUGAUCACCGGAAACAAGAAUUUCAUCGACGGGGUCGGCACUUAUAAGACCGCCACGGUGGUAGUAGAAGGAGACGGGUUCGUUUGCCGGGACCUUACAAUCGAGAACCGAGCCGGGGCAGCCAAGCACCAAGCCGUGGCCCUUCGGGUUUCAGCAGACAUGGUGGUCAUCCACAACUGCAACAUCGAAGCCUACCAAGACACCCUCUACGCCCACUCCUACCGCCAGUUCUACCGCGGCUGCACCAUCACCGGCACCAUCGACUUCAUCUUCGGGGACGCGGCGGCCGUGUUCCAGAACUGCAAGAUGAUCGUGAGGAAGCCAAUGGAGAACCAGGCCUGCAUGGUGACGGCUCAAGGUAGAAAGGACCGCCGAAGUGUCGGCGGCACUGUCCUCCAGGCCUGCGAGAUCCUCCCUGAUCCCGCCCUCAAGGGGGUCACCCCACCCGUCAAAGUCUACCUGGGAAGGCCGUGGAAGGAGUUCUCCCGGACAAUCAUCAUGUCCUCUUUCAUUGACGGCUUCAUCGCCCCUGAAGGUUGGUCUCCAUGGCAGGGCGACUUUGCACUGAAUACCCUUUGGUACGCAGAGUAUGGGAACCGCGGCCCAGGAGCUAAUACCGCUAGUAGGGUGAAGUGGGGAGGUUACAAGAGGAACAUUUCUCCAGAGAUUGCUAAGCAGUUCAGUCCUUCAGUGUACCUUGACGGUGAUGCAUGGAUCAAGCGCACUGGUGUCCCCUACACACCUUGAAGGAUAAAUUAGUAAGAUUAAUUCCUACUAAGUACGUAAACGUACUUAAAUAAAUAAAAUAAAAAUAAAGUUUAGUUAGUCCGUUGUAUAUUGGCGGUAGGGUAUGGUUACGCCAAUUUUGUUUUGUUCCUCUGGUCAUUGUUUUUUGUUACAAUGUAAACCAAUAAAAAAAUAAUUUUUAUUUCCUCUCA